AUGCACUCAUUCACGACAGCAUCUCGUUUGAAUCAAAAUAAUCUGUCGUCCAGUGACGAAACUCAACACGUAGAGAAAUCAUCCGAAAUAAAUGUAGACGGAAAUUCCUUCACUGACGCCUAUGAUGACAGAGUUCGUCCAAUAAUGGAUAAGAUCGAUCAAAUUCGAUCGUUACUAUCAACAAAUAAUGAUGGUGUCACUUUUCCAAAUGUCGUCGUUGUUGGUGAUCAAUCAAGUGGCAAAUCAACGUUAUUAGAAGCAUUAUCAUUAGUUGAACUUCCCAAAGGUUCUGGUAUUGUGACGCGCUGCCCAUUAGUGUUAAGAUUACGCAGAUCUAGUCGACGACAAGUGUAUCGUAUACUUGAGAAUAACAAAAAAGAUGUUCUGGAUGAAACACAAUUAAACAUAUUAAAAUAUAUUGAAGAAGAAACGAAGAAAAUAGCUGGCAGUAAUAAAAAUGUUGUUGAUACUCUAAUUGAAUUACUUGUCGAAGAUCCAAACGUACGUGAUUUGACAGUUGUUGAUCUUCCUGGUAUUGCACGUAAUCCGAUUGGUGAUCAGCCGAAAGAUAUUCAUCAACAAACAACAAAAUUAAUCAAAAAGUUCAUCAGUCAAGAAGGCAGUGUGAUUCUUUGUGUUUUUCCUGCCAAUGUUGAUAUUGCUACAGUAGAAUCGUUCACAUUAGCACGUGAAGUUGAUCCUGAUGGUGUUCGUACAAUCGGUGUUAUAACAAAAUCUGAUUUGGCAACAAAUAAUGAAACAUUGAUUCAACAAUUGUUGAUGGAAAAAGAAGAUGUUUUCAAAUUAACAUUGGGUUUUGUUGCUGUUCGAAAUCGUAGUACCGAUGAAAGAAUCAGUUUAGUCGAAGCACGUCAACGUGAAAAAGACUUUUUUCAAUCUCAUCCAGUGUUGCCUGUGGUCGGUUGGGAUUGUCUUGGUAUUGAAGGUUUAAUUAAUCGAUUAGCAAAUCUCUACUCUGAUCGAGUCAAAGAAACGUUUCCGAAGAUGCGUAAUGAUAUUCAAAAGAAAAUGAAAGAAGUUCGUGAACAAUUAUUGAACUAUCCAGCAGAUUUAGAUACACCUGCAGCACGUUUGGCCAAGUAUCAUGAAUUAGCAGAAUUUUAUGUUGAAAAUAUGUUGAAAAUACGAUUUCUAAGUUCUUAUGACAAUAAACAUACAAGUAUGAUUAACACUUUGCAUAACAAAUUUUCCAAAUAUAAUGAUAUCAUCAAUUCAUUUACGAAAGAACUCUUUACUACGUCAUAUCAUGAAAAAGUUCGUUUGGCUAUUGCAUCAUGUGUGGGAGAACAAUUACCAAAUUUUCUUCCACAUCCUAUAUUAAAACGUUUGAUUAGCGAUAAACUUGAUCAACUUUGGAAGAUAACUGAUAUUCUUAUCAAUGAAUGUUAUCAUUUAGUAGAAAAACUACUAUUAGAUCAAAAUUUAGAUGAACACAAAGGAAAUGUUCAUCUGAUGAAAUUAAUGCCAGCUUUUCAUAACAUUGUGACUUUAUAUUUGAAAGAGAAAAAUCAACUGGCACAUCAUCAAUUACAAGAGAUGAUUCGAUUAGAAAAACACGAUCCGUAUACAAUGAAUCAUUCAUAUUUAGAAAAAGUAAACGAAUUUCAAAUGAAUAUGAAAGCAUGUGAAGCGAGUGAAAGUGCAGCGAAGACUUCAUCACCUCCGAAAAUCAAAUUUCGAGAAGAUGACGAUGAACUCAUGUUUCAAUCAGCUAGAAAAAUUGAACAAACAACACAAGAGAUGCUCUUCAGUAUCUAUGCUUAUUGGAAAGUAUUAGUCAGACGUUUUAUGGAUUAUACAGCUUUAACACUACGCGCAGGGUGUGACUUUGAUGUGUGUACAGGUAUAAAAGAACGUUUAAGAUACAUUCCCAUGGAACGAUGUGAUUUCGUGGAUUCAUAUCUUGCUGAAGAUGCAUAUACUCUUCGAAAACGAAAACAACUACAACAAACAAAAGAACGAUUAGAGAAAGUCGAUGCUAUUCUAGGUGGUCGUGCUUCGAUAGAUACGAUCGGAAACUAUUCUUUUAUUGAUAUGCAUUCAUUUGACAACGAUUCAAUGAUGACUUUGGACAAAUUUGAGCAAACUAUCAAUACUUCAUCAUCUACUACUACUACUACUAGUACAGCUGCUAUUGUGGAUACUACGAAAAAGUAA